UGGCCACGUGGCCCCCUCCCUCCUCUCACUUCUCUGAUCCUCUCCUCUAUUUUCUCUCUCCCGCCAAAUUCUUCGCUCCCCCACCCGCUUCUUCUCCUCUCUUUCUUUCUUUCUUCUCCUCACUCUCCACCUCCACAUUAUUCAUUCAUCCAUUUCUCUACAUUCAAGCUGAUACCUAAACUCCACAAUCAAUUAAUUCAUUGAGUAACCAUCAGUUCAAUUCAACAAAACGUAUGCUGAAGAAGUCAAAAUAAAGAUGUCUCUGCCUUCAGAAGCAAUGAGGGGAACUCCCCCGGGAAUUCUCCUAUUAAGAGCCCUAAGAGGAAAAGAUUGGAACCUCCGAACAUACCGUUAUAUGGUUCUGUUAAUAACUUUCAUGGCCUACGCAUGCUACCAUGCGACAAGAAAGCCCACGGGCAUAGUCAAGAGCGUCCUCUGCCCGGACCCACACAAGCACGCCACCGAGGCCCAAGGCUGGAGCCCAUUCAACGGCCCUGAAGGCCCGUCUCGGCUCGGCGAGAUUGACGUUGCCUUCCUCGCAUGCUACUCCCUUGGCAUGUACGUCGCCGGCCACCUCGGCGAUACCCUAGACCUUCGUUUGUUUCUCACUACCGGCAUGAUGGGAAGUGGAAUCUUCGUUGCGCUUUUCGGAAUGGGAUUCUUCUGGAACGUUCAUGAAUUUUGGUUCUACUUAUCGAUGCAGAUGGUGGCAGGGUUGUUCCAAGCCACAGGUUGGCCUUCUGUUGUAGCAGUUAUUGGAAACUGGUUUGGGAAGAGGAAGAGGGGGUUGAUAAUGGGGAUUUGGAACGCGCACACAUCGGUUGGGAACAUUAGUGGUUCACUUCUUGCGGCCAGUGUUCUGGACCAUGGUUGGGGCUGGUCUUUCAUGGUCCCCGGUGCUCUGAUUGUGUUUGGAGGGAUUGUUGUGUACUUGUUUCUUGCUGCGUACCCGGAGGACGUUGGAUUUGCGACGAUUCACAGCGUUGGAUCGGAUGUUAUGCCGGAAUCUUUGGUUCCUGUAGACGAUGAAGAGGCUCCUGAGGGGAAAUGUGCUCAGAGGCAGGGUUCCAUGUGUAGGAGGAGCAUUGGGCUUGCUGAGGCUUGUAUGAUACCCGGUGUCAUUCCAUUUGCGCUCUGUCUUUUCUUUGCCAAGCUUGUCGCCUAUACUUUCUUAUAUUGGUUGCCAUUUUACUUGACUCAAACAGAAAUUGGAGGGGAGUACCUCUCGGUAAAAGCUGCCGGGAACAUUUCCACCAUGUUCGAUUUAGGAGGCAUUUUUGGGGGUAUUCUUGCUGGUUACCUGUCGGAUAAACUAGAUGCCCGUGCUAUUACUGCAGCAAGCUUUAUGUAUGCAGCAAUUCCUUCGAUGCUUUUGUACCGAUGUUAUGGAAGUGUUUCAAUGACAAUCAACAUUGCCCUUAUGGCGUUAACUGGUUUACUUGUAAAUGGUCCUUAUGCACUUAUCACCACUGCUGUCUCUGCGGACCUGGGGACACAUAGUUCUCUUAGAGGAGAUUCUCGAGCUCUUGCUACUGUCACUGCUAUAAUAGAUGGUACAGGAUCGGUUGGUGCAGCGCUUGGUCCCCUUCUUACUGGCUUCAUUUCAACAAGGGGAUGGAAUGAAGUUUUCCUUAUGCUAACCAUUGGUGCUUUUAUUGCUGGAAUUCUUCUUACACGUUUGGUCAUAGCUGAAAUUGCAGAGAAGUCUGGCCAAAAUUUAUACAGGGAACAGCAAAAUUCUGGAGCUCAACCACUUCUACAGGAGCAAAGGUGACGGUAACGGUGACACUGUUGAGUGCCUCAUGAAUAUUCAAAUAUACUUCUCCAACACUUGAAGCUGUAUCUGUAAUAUGAGAGAAAGUUGCAAGGUUUUUGUUUUCGAUAGAUUUUAGUAGCCAUUUUAUAUCUAUGUUUCUCUGAUGAUGUAUAUUCCCUAGUGAUAAGCUAAGUUAACCAGCAAGUAGAAGACCAAAUCCAUGAUUCUGCAGCUCUUCAUUUUGUUCUAUGGAGGGAUUCCACAUGGAAUCAUGGCUCACACUAUUCAAGAAUGAAACUUGAUUCCCAUUCAUCUUAAAUUGACUUUCCUAUGGGAAUACUUGAUUAUAUUAUGUUUCUAAAGUUUC